UAUAGCAACAAAGAUGAAACAAAUUCAGAACUCUCUGACUUCGGUUGGCAAAAGAGGCUAAAAUAAGUUCAUCCUCUAGUUUCCAUGUAAUUAUCGCUCCCCUUGUUUUUAACUACAAAAGAACAAAAAACAUAGUAAGGCCAAAAACAAAUGUGCCUACAUAAGAAUGCAUACCCUUCUCUCUCACACACACACACACACCCCAAGUGAAGUUGCAAUUGAGAAGGAAAAGGUAAAGGCUCAGAAAAUAACAAAAGAAAUGGAAAUGAUGACAAAGAAAGAAGAGAACAUGAAGAGGAGUUGGAUGUCAAUGCCACAAAGUGAGUUCCAAGUAGCAGCAAGGGGUAACAAGAGGAGAAGGAGAGAGCUUACUGCAGUUGCACUAACAAAUGAAGAAAACCAAAGUAAGGAACAAACAUUGCAGCCACACCAACAGCAACAGAAAGUUGAUCAAAAUUCCACUACCAACACUACAAAGAGAAGUUCAAGAUUCAGGGGUGUCAGCAGACAUAGAUGGACAGGUCGAUAUGAGGCUCACUUAUGGGACAAGCUCUCUUGGAACAUAACACAAAGGAAGAAAGGGAAGCAAGGGGCAUAUGAUGAAGAAGAAUCUGCUGCUAGAGCAUAUGAUUUAGCUGCACUUAAGUACUGGGGAACAUCAACUUUCACCAAUUUUCCGAUAUCAGAUUAUGAGAAAGAGAUUGAGAUAAUGCAAACUAUGACAAAAGAAGAGUACUUGGCUACUCUAAGGAGAAAGAGCAGUGGCUUUUCAAGAGGUGUAUCAAAGUAUAGGGGUGUUGCAAGGCACCACCACAAUGGUAGAUGGGAAGCACGGAUCGGAAGAGUUUUUGGAAACAAAUAUCUCUACCUAGGCACCUACAGCACCCAAGAAGAAGCUGCUCGUGCUUAUGACAUAGCAGCCAUUGAGUAUAGAGGGAUCCAUGCUGUAACCAACUUUGAUUUGAGUUCUUACAUACGGUGGUUAAAGCCUUCAGGGGAGAACAUCUCAGAAUUGAAACAGGAAUCAGAGGUAACACCGGAGUCUCAGACAGUGGUAUCUCAAACUCAUUCACCAAUAGAGGGGUCUAAAUCCUUGGCCGUUCAUACAUUUAGUCCAGAUUAUCUCGAUUUACCUCAAAAUCAUGAAAUCUUUGAAAACAAAACAUUCCAAUUCUCCAGCAAUAAGUCAUCUUCUCCAACCGCACUCAGCCUCCUCCUCCGAUCAUCGAUAUUUAGAGAAUUGGUUGAAAAGAAUUUGAACAUGUGUGGAGAUGAAACUGAUGGAGAAGACAAAAAGGAUCAACGCCCACAGAUAACUAGUGAUGAUGAGUUGGGUGGGAUCUUUUACGAUGGAAUUAGCAAUCUCCCUUAUCUGUGAUCUCACCACAGAAAGAAAUGAAAGAAAAUGAGAGACAUCCAAUCCAUUUCUUUGAACAUGGAGAGAUUCCAAAAGAAGAGUCAUCCCUUGAAGGCAGAGUGCACAACUGCUAGAGACUAAAGGUUACUACUACAAAUCAGAAGCAUUAUCUAAGAGUUCCGAUUGAAUUUGAAUUUCUGCAAAUGUGUAAAUGUGAAUUAUUUACAGAUUUGGACUAGACAAUAAUGUUAACCAUAGUUGUUAAAAUAAGCAGCUUGAUUGCCCCAGUCUAUGCACAUGGAAGCCAUAGUUGACACGGUCUAGCUUGACCACAAAGCACCUGGUGCUCAUCCAAAUAGCUUAGUCAUAUUAUUUAGAGCAAAUAAGUUAAGAAUUCAUGUAUUAAAUAUAUGAAACUUGUAAGUUGUAACACAUAUAAUGCUAAUUAUUUUGUUUUAAAAUUUAUU